AUGGCGCAAGCUGGAGCUGGCGGGUCGUACAACAACCCGCUCAAGAAGUUCAAAUUGGUCUUCCUUGGCGAGCAGAGUGUCGGCAAGACGUCUCUCAUCACACGGUUCAUGUAUGACUCGUUCGACAACAUGUACCAGGCUACCAUUGGCAUCGACUUCCUCUCGAAGACCAUGUAUCUAGAAGACAGGACGGUACGAUUACAGCUCUGGGAUACCGCUGGGCAGGAGCGAUUUAGGAGUCUCAUUCCCUCGUACAUCCGCGAUUCGAGCGUGGCCGUGGUGGUCUACGAUAUCUCAAACGCAAAAUCAUUCCAGAACACGAGGAAAUGGAUUGACGAUGUGCGAGCUGAGCGCGGCAACGACGUCAUCAUUGUGCUGGUCGGCAACAAGACGGAUCUGAACGACAAACGGGAGGUGACGACGCAGCAAGGCGAGGAGGAGGCCAAGAAGAACAAUCUGAUGUUCGUCGAGACCAGUGCGAAGCUGGGCCACAAUGUCAAGACACUGUUCAGGAGAAUAGCACAGGCCCUACCUGGAAUGGAGGGCACUGAUGCUGCGGCACAGGCCUCUAACCAGAUGAUCGAUGUCAAGACGACAACCACGCCUUCAAGCCAAGAGGGUUGCGCCUGUUAA